AUGCGCGAUUGGAAACCUCCUUUACAGUCCAACGGGGUCGGCUCCCACUCCUCCUCCCCCAAUGCCAGUGCCGCUCCGAGUCGCGAAUCCACUCCGCACACCAUGCAUCGUCCGGAGAUGCCACCCGACGCCUCGCUGGUUCUGGUCGGCAUUCGAGGGUGCGGUAAACGCUCGCUGGGCUUCGUCGCGGCCACCGCUUUGAAGCGAAAAUUCAUCACGGCGGAUUACUACUUCCAGGAAACCACCGGGGUAACACGAAAGGAAUAUCUCAAGUCCCAUGGCAGCCAGAAGUUCCAGCGGCGCGAUAUCGAAGUGCUGAAGAUGAUGCUUGACAACAACCAGAAACAUUGCAUCAUUGAGCUAGGACUGGGGAGCCUUACUCGGCCGGUUCAGGAUCACCUCAGGCAAUACUGCAAAAAGAACCCAGUGGUUCAUCUAAUCCGCGACAUCAACCGCAUCCAGCAAUUGCUGGGGCUGGAUGAUGAAGCCGUGCGGCUCCUGCGCGAUGGUGAUGCAUCACACCGGGCCUGUUCGAAUUAUGAAUUCUACAAUUGUGAAGAUCGGACCGUCGUUGUGUCUGACGACGGCAGCCCGGAUCGUCGGUCUGGCGACUACUCGUUCAAACUACAAGAGGUGAAAGAGGAUUUCACACGCUUUGUAAGCUUCAUUACCGGUGCCAUUGUGAAUCAUUCCAGCUAUGACUCGCCCUUUGUUCUGCUCGAGACACCACCGGAGCUUCGUUCCUUCACUCACGCCAUCUUUGUGCGAUCUUCCGAUCUGAUAGCAGACGUGGUCAAUCUCCCCGAGCUUGGAUCUGGUGGAGAUGCCAUCGAGCUCUGCGUCGACCGCUGGAGUCCACAAAUGGUGGCCACCGUCAGCGAGCAGGUAUCAGUGCUUCGCCGAAAUGCCCGAACGCCAGUGAUUCUUUCGAUCGACACGGCCGCUUUGGCCGCUGAAGCCCGUGAUCAGUCCCCUGCACAGGCCUCUCGGUCUUAUUUUGACAUUCUGGAGCAUGGUCUCCGCUUAGGCGUCGAAUAUUUGGUUGUGCACCUGGGUCAGGACCAGUCUCAGCUGGCCCAGAUUGUUCGCAGUCGGGGAAAAACGAAGAUCAUCGGCCAACACAUCUUUGAAGCAUCUGCACCCAUCACAUGGGAAGACGAGGGCUGCGUUGCCUUUUAUCAGGACGCCGAGAAGCUCGGCUGCCAGCUGGUGCGUCUCCUCCGGGUAGCAGUGCAACGCGAGGAGAAUGCAGCUGUCGCCCAAUUUACCAGAAGGAUUGGGAGACUCCCAGGAAGGCAUCCACCGCUGAUCGCCUACAAUAUCGGUCCUCUAGGACGGACCUCUCAGAUAUUCAACCCCAUAUUGACCGCCGUCAAACACCCAGCCAUCAUUCGGUUAGAAGAAAAAGAAAAUCAGUGUGAUCCGCAGCUCACGUCGGCCGAUAUCAUGCGUGCGCUCUGCCAGAGCUACAUGCUGGACCCGCUCAAGUUCUACAUCCUUGGCAAAGACGUAGCUUAUAGCGUAUCACCCGCGAUGCAUAACGCGGCGAUCCAAUACUGUGGCUUGAGCCACAAGUACAGCAUCCCAGACUCGCCCUCACUCGCGGUCGUGGACCGGUUGGGCCGAGACCCGAACUUCGGUGGCGCCAGCGUCGUUCAGCCGUGGCGUGUGGAAGUAUACCAGAAGCUGGCAUCCAAAAGUCGGCAUGCCGAAGCGAUCGGAGCGAUCAACACGAUCAUGCCCUUGCGAGCGGCUCCAAAUGGCAGCAUGUUUCCCUUGCAGGAACAGGCGAGUCGACGCGGUCAGGCAGGCCGCCCCUUAGGGUUUUUUGGCGAGAAUACAGACUGGGUGGGCAUCAUGACCUGCAUCACCCGCCACCUUUCUCCGCGCAACGCUAUCAGUGCGCCCAAGACGACGGGCCUGGUGAUUGGUGCUGGCGGCAUGGCCAGAGCCGCCACAUACGCCCUGCUGAGGUUAGGCUGUCGUAAGAUCUUCAUCUACAAUCGAACGCAGUCCCGGGGAGAGGAAGUGGCGAGACACUUCAACUCGUGGGCUUCGUCCCAGGUGGACUCGACCGAGGUCGUGCGGGUGCUUCGAUCCACUCAGGACGACUGGCCCCCCGACGCUCUUCCGCCCAGCUUGAUCGCCUCCUGCGUGCCGGCCGACCCUGACCGCGACGAACCCCCCGCGAACUUCGAGAUGCCGAUGCAGUGGCUCGGAAGUCCGACGGGGGAGUUGUUCUCGAGUGAGACCGGGCGACCCUGGGUCUUGUCGGACGGGUUGGAGAAUGUUAUUGAACAGGGUAUCGCACAGUUUGAGCUAAUGACCGGACGAAAAGCUCCCCGAAGGCUCAUGACCCGCGAAGUACUCCGAAAUUAUGAAGGUGAGGGAGGGUUUCGGUUUGACGAGAAGACGAUCGAGGCUCGUCUGGAUGGCGUUUAUUCUAUGUGA